UUGCAUCAGUGUAUGUUUUACAAUCAUUUAGUAGCACAGAAACAUUUAUUAACGAGUGACAAUUGAUUUCCAUUGUGUUUGUUUAGGUUGUUGCUAGCUGAGUUAUAACAUUCCUUUGUUGUUGACUGGAAUUAAUUGAAACGUGCGUGGUUGAUUUUUAUUUACCGGAAACUAUGUCGACCAUAUUAAAAAUUCUGAAAAUUGUUGAUAAAACGGAACAAUACCUUGAGCCUUCAUCAAUUGAAUUUUAAUACUUUGAAAAAUAAACAAUUAAUUUUAACUAACAUGAUUUCUGAGAAUAAUGGAGAGUUCAGCAUUAAUGAUAGUCAUAAUAUCAAAGUUCAAAGUACCAAACCAAGCCAAGUUGAAUGUGAUAAAAUGACUGUUAAAACUUCCAGAGUGAAUGAAGAUAAACCACUUUUAACUGGUACAGCUAUUCUUUACAACCAAAAUGGAAAUGGUUUUCCAUCGCCAAUGUCUAAAACAUUUCCAGUUACAAACAUUUCUGGUGGUCCAAUAAACGAAUCAUCGGAAAAGAAUAGUAGUUUUGGUGAAUCAAUUUCAGAUUACAAUCCAUUACUUAACAGACAAUUAGAAAACCCAACAUCGAAUUUUGACACUAUGGUACAUUUAUUAAAAGGAAAUAUUGGUACUGGAAUUUUAGCUAUGCCUGAUGCAUUCAGACACUCUGGUUGGGUUGUUGGUUUAGUGUGUACAACAUUUUUAGGAGCUAUUUGCACACAUUGUAUGCAUAUAUUGGUACGAUGUUCUCAUGAACUGUGUGUCAGAACCCAAAGUCCAUCUCUUUCAUUUCCAAAUGUUGCAAAGAUGGCUUUUGAAUAUGGGCCACCCAAAUUACAAAAAUAUUCAACCACUGCUAGUAAAUUUAUCAAUACUUUUCUAGUACUGACUCAGUUAGGAUUUUGCUGUGUAUAUUUUUUAUUUGUGGCCACUAAUUUACAAGAGGUGAUAUGUCAUUACUUUUUUUAUUUGUCUGUUCAAUCAUAUUUGGUCAUACUCUUAGUACCUAUGAUACUUUUGAAUUGUGUGAAGAGCCUAAAAUAUCUGACUCCAGCAUCUUUUUUUGCUACUAUAUUAACAGUGGUUGGUUUAGGAAUAACAUUUUUCUAUUUACUUCAAGGACUCCCAAAAAUAUCAAGUAUUAAAGCUUUUUCGUCUUGGAAACAGUUACCACUUUAUUUUGGAACAGCAGUUUAUGCUUUUGAAGGCAUUGGAAUGGUUUUACCUUUAGAAAAUAAUAUGAAAGAUCCAUCAGCUUUUGGUGGAAUGACUGGUGUUUUAAAUACUGGAAUGGUAAUUGUAACAUGUCUAUAUACAUCUGUUGGAUUUUUUGGUUAUUUGCGAUAUGGUGAAGCAGUUAAAUUAGGAAGUAUUACAUUAAAUCUCCCUGGUCAAGAUUUGUUGGCUCAAAGUGUAAGAGCUGCAAUGGCAUUCUCAAUAUUUUUAUCUUAUAGUCUCCAAUUCUAUGUUCCAAUUGGUAUUGUGUGGCCUGCAUUAAAAGGAUACUUUCACUCACAGUCUAGCCAACGUAAUGCUGAACUAAGUAUCAGAGUGUUUCUCGUCACACUUACAUUUACUUUAGCAGCUGCCAUUCCAAACCUAUCAGCUGUAAUUUCUUUUGUAGGAUCUUUUAGCAGCUGUGCACUAGCAUUGAUUUUUCCACCAAUUAUUGAACUCAUUACAUUCUGGGAUCAUUGCUCUGGCAAAGAGUUUGUGAUAAUGUUUAUUAAAGAUAUAAUUAUUAUUAUAAUUGGUUUUCUUGGAUUUGGUUUUGGUUCAUAUGCUAGUUUAGUGAACAUCAUUACACCUAUUACCGGUUAAUAUAGAAUCAUGGAUAAUAAUGUAAUAGUAUCCAUCAGUAUUUAAAUUAUUGAUCUUAAUAAUUUAUUGACUUCCUAAAUUGAUUAUA